AUUGCUUGCUUGAAGCCAAAGAAAAAUUUAACGAUGUAUGUUUCAGUUAUACAAAUAAUUCUCAAAUGUUUCAUCACGUCAUGAUAAUCAGAUUGAAAAUUAUUUUGACAACUAUAUCAUAAGAUUGGCCAGCAUGCACGAAUUGAUUAUCAACAGCUUGCUUCAUGAAGUAAUCAGAGAUUGAGGGCUACAAAUUAAAGUUGAUGAAAUGAAACGGACUGUUUUAUGACCUUUUUUGAGAGUGAAUUUGUUAAUAUUAACAACACCAUGACGCUUGGACAGAGGAAACGUAUACCCAGCUAUGCUGAAGUGGCAGCCACACCAACACGCAAACCUGCAGAUUCAACGGAGUCCUCUGGGGUUGGCAAUAAGGUCAAGGUCGUGGUAAGGAUCCGACCAGGGAACUCGAUGGAGCAGGGAAGUAAUUCACGUAUAGUGGUCAAGGCCAUGAACGAAAAUGUAUUGGUAUUUGACCCUAAAGAGCAAUCCUCGCCAGAAUAUGGCUACCGAAACCGACGUCGUCGGAGAGACCUCCGUAAAAGGCAGGCUAAGGAUUUAAAAUUUGCCUUUGACUUUGUGUUUGACCAGAAUUCAGCAAAUCACAAUGUGUAUGAACAAUCUACCAAACAAAUUCUUGAUGGGCUGCUGGAAGGUUAUAAUUGUUCAGUAUUUGCCUAUGGAGCCACAGGGGCAGGUAAAACACACACAAUGUUGGGAAACCCACGACAGCCUGGCGUCAUAUACCUAACAAUGAUGGACUUAUACACACGGAUAGCGGCCAUUCAGCACGAGAAAAUCUGUGAUGUUGCUGUUUCCUACCUUGAGGUAUAUAACGAGCAGAUUCAUGACCUGUUGGCUAAGGGAGGUUGUCUUCCGGUCAGAGAAGAUGCCAGGAAUGGUGUAGCUAUACCAGGGCUGUCUCUACACACACCGAGGGAUGCUGAUGAACUCUUACACAUGCUGCACUUUGGAAACCAGAACAGAACGCAGCACCCUACAGACGCCAAUGCAGAGUCUUCACGUUCACAUGCUGUCUUCCAGGUGUUUGUGCGUCAGCGAGAUAGAACGGCCAACGUCUCGGCAGAGGUCCGCGUGGCCAAGAUGUGUCUGGUGGACCUUGCGGGUUCAGAGAGAGCUACCGUGACCAAAAACUGUGGAGCGAGGUUUCGUGAGGGUGCCAACAUAAAUCGCUCUCUCCUGGCCCUGGGAAAUGUCAUCAAUGCCCUGGCUGACACCAAGUACAAAGGCCAUGUGCCUUACAGAGACAGUAAGCUAACCCGACUUCUGAAGGACUCCCUCGGUGGCAACUGUCAGACUGUGAUGAUCGCCGCUGUCAGCCCAUCCAGUCUGUCCUAUGAGGAUACGUACAACACCCUCAAGUAUGCUGACCGAGCAAAACAUAUACAAGCUCAGCUGAAGAAGAAUGUUCUCAAUGUCGACUUCCAUGUGGCUAGAUAUGGUCAGAUCAUCCAGGAACUCCGGAAAGAGAUUAAUGAGCUGAAAGGAAAACUCCAGAGCUAUGAGGAUGGCAAAAUGGUUUCCAUGAAGCAGCUGUGUACAGUUCCUAACCCAACAGUCACAAGAUUAAAGGAAAGCAUGGAAGACGUUUUCCUCUCCAGACUACAGAUAUGCAGAGAAUAUCUUGAUUCUGAACUGAAGAGCCGGGACAUGAAGUGGAAAAUCAGUCGAAAGGAGCGUUGUCUGGCUAGAAUGGCUAGCUUCAGGGAUUCUCAGCAAAAAGAGACAAAGGACAAAAUCCAGCGGAUGAUCCACUCAGCUCAUGAACGCAUGACAAGUUUUGUCCAGAUGAAGGAGGACAAAGGCGUGCGACUGGCCAAGAGUAACCACAGCCUGGAGGGGCUGAAGUCAGCUGUCCGGGAACAGUCCAGUGCUGGAGGGGACAAUCUGGCAUCAGAGAACUUAAAGUUAAGCCUACAGAACCACGAGUCCAGCCUGGCCCUGACCGAAUCUCAGUACUGUAUGAAGUACAUGGCCAAGGUGGUCCGUUCCCAGGAGAGGGAGAUAUCUGGUGCAGAGAGAUUAAUUUUACAUCUACUGCACAUGGUAAAACAACAGCAUUGUAUCCUGAAAGACCACGACCUCCUGACCUCUGACCUCGACUCUCAGUAUCACAACAUACAGACCAUAACAGAAGGUCGAGAGGUGACGUUCGCGGAUCAGAGUUUCUCGGAUCAGAAUAGUGCCUUUUCCCUUGGUGAAAUGUUAAACUUCAAAUCUUUGACAGCAGCACAACACAUGUGUGAGAAGAGCUCGCUCGUAUCUAGUCAGUCAUCCUUGUCAAUAACCAGCCAAUCAUCCAUGACCAACCAGACUAUGUCUGCUCAAUCAUCUGUGACCAGUCUUUCUUCAAACAACCUCUCGUCUACAAUCAGCCUGUCGGAAUCUGUUCAAUCAUCCGUGACAAGUGAGGCGGUGUCAGCGGAACAGGAUACCACACAGGGACCGAACAGGGUACUAGUGACCAGAAGGAAUGUCCAGCCAGUCCGAGUACAGAGAGACCAGCCACAUCCAGAUCAUAGACUGUUGUCCUUGGACAAAAAAAAACAUCGGUCAACAGUGGACAGAAGUUGUGUUCCCCGGUUGCUGGCCUCAAGUGGACUUCUUUCUGAUGAGGUUUUCUCCGAUUUGCCCGGUCAUGUCCCAGCAAACAGUAUCAAUAGCUUCGUAGGAGAAACAAACUGUAGCAAAAACGUGACAACAGAGUGUAGGGUGUUAAAGGGAGACAACUGUGUGACAAACAUUAAAUCAUCAUGUGUACUAGGUAGUGUCGAUUCCGGAGUGUCAUGGGAAGGUCAGAGGUCACAGGAAGGUCAGAGGUCACGGAUUGAUGGUCAAACAAUCGGUAGUGUCCCACAACAGAAUGAGGCUAGUCAGGACUUAAAUUCUACAUUUACUCUCAACCAGGAGAAUAUUGAUCAAAGUGUUCUGAGUCGAUUACCAGUAGUGGAGGACGUUUAUGUGGAACACUCGGGUAGUCGUGGGUACUCCACGCUGCUGCAGCCACAGAGUGGCAAUAAGAUAGAUAGUGGGACAUCUCGACAGCCACAGAGUGGCAAUAAGGUAGAAAGUGGGACAUCUCGACAGCCACACAGUGGCAGUGUGUUUAAAGAAGCUAUUAGUGCUAAUUUACAGAGUACAUCAACGCAAAACUCGGCCCACAAGUCAUCGCAGCCGGCCCCGAUCGCAACACACACGCCAACAUCCUCAACACCCGCCUCAGCUAACAAGUCUGCACUCCUGACCUUGCUCAACAUCAAUCCACUUAACACAGAUACUAGUUCAGUGACAAAACCUUUAGGGUGUGGUGUGAAUUCUGUGAAUUCAUCAACUCUCACAAAGACAACAACAGUAAACAUUGUCAGCUCUGGAAGUGAAAUCAAGGGAAGUAACUCAGCCGUACCGGGAGGCAACGCUGGGAAGAGUAGCUGUGUGCGUUCCAUUCAGUUUGAUGGUACAUGUACUCCCAACAAAGUGCGGUCCUAUGCAGAGGUAGCGUCUAGUCCGUUGUCGUCUGUCCGUGUUCCCCUGCGACAGUUUGACAGUAAUACCCCUCUGGCCACACAGAUGACCCCUGGACGUAGUAGGAACUCACAGGAUAAAGAGAACACACCUGCUCGAAUACCUAAGGAAACCACCCCUAACACACCUGUACUGAUUCUGAAGGACUGCACCCCAAACAGGAUACUGAAGAUGUCGUCUGCAGGAAACCAACUGACCAGACAGGCCACAGACAACUCACGCAAGGAGAAGAGCAAGCAACUCCAGCAGAUGGGCUUGUUCUCCAUGAUAGACAGAUCCCAGGAUGAUCAUGUGGAGGUACCCAGAGGCACGACCCCUGGUUAUAUGCGGAUGACCAAGGCAGCCUCAGGCAGGUUCCCCUCAAGGCACAGGAGGGGACUGACGGAGGAAAGUGAAAACAUCAUCAGAGACCACCCCUACAGAUCCAAGUCCAGCAAAUCUUUGUUACGCCAGAAAAGUCAGUCCACAUCCAAUCUUGCGCGACGGGGAUGGCAGUUAUAACACCAGAGAUGCGACUCGUACGGACAAUAAUUUGACCAAUCAUGGAAAGACUUUGAAAUUGUGACUGUGAUCAUGUUCAUUGCAAAUCCUCGCGUGCAAUUGUUCCCGGUAUUUUUGGAGAGAUAUCACAUCGUUAUUAUCAUCAGCAUCGUGUUACCUUCUAUUCUGUGGUGGAAAGUGUGUACAGUGAUAGUACAUCAAGGAAAGUAACGAGUGAUUUUCCUAAAAUUGGUAUUACAUUUGACACUGCACACAGAAACUUCACGGUUUGGUAUUCUCAAUGCAAUCAUGAAAAACAGAAAUUGAUAAAUUUGCAUGAACCAAUUCUGCAUCAUUGUACAAAAUGUAGCAGAGUUCUGGAAAACCAGUCAUAAACAGCUAAAUAAGUGACAUUCAGAAAUUUCUCAGAUAAUGGUGUCAUUGAUUUUUUUUUAUUUAAAUGAAAAUCUGGUACCUUAGGAUUGACUUUUUUAAAACAUUUUUUUUUUCGCAAUCGUAAAAAGCUUGAUAUGUAAACUGCAUACUUGUCCAAAAGAAUUUCUAGAAUCUGAAAUUUAGCUGAUAUAUGGAAACUAUUUGUCUGAUGCAAGUCAAGUGCUCACAAUAGUGAGUUAAAACGGCUGGUUUGGGAGGGGAAUGUGAACAAUUUAAUUGCCAUUUUCUUUUAAUUUUGCUUUUUGCUUCAUGAUAAAAUAAAAUCCCUAUUACACAUGUCUGAUAGGCUCCAUUCAUUCCAGACGAGGCUUAGCCUAGCUACAGUAUUAACAGUGAAAGCUUUUUCAUAUUAAGUGUUUUCAGGGGGCGAUAUUUGCAGCAUAUCUUGAUGAAACAUCCUUCAUUUUGUUAAGAAAGAGAGGAUAUCACUUGAUGUCACUUAAUGAUGUUGGAUAAGUUAUCCAUACAGUCAGCAAAAUCAGUUUCUUGUUUCAAAUAAACACUUUAAUAUAAAACAAGAAGCAUUUCAGUUUUUAAAAGUUUUAUUUUGGAACAUUUUAAUAUAAUUUAUGCAAAAUAUUUAAUACUUCCUAUUAAUAGAAAAUGCUAUAAACUGAUCUGUUCUACAAUUAUGUGAAAACUUUUUAUAUCAUCUUGUGCCAAGAUUGAAUUUGUAGACAAAAAUUGGUUAAACACACCUGAUUACAUGGACAAUUGGUUUUUAUUUAGUCCAUGGGAUCAAGUCUAGCUUGCAUAUGAAAUUCAAAACUUAACACAUGGAAAUUUAUAUUUCUUAAAGGGUAAUUGAAAGAAGUCUACUGCUCAACAGUAAUGCAUACUUUUGCAUAUUUUGGGACAAGAUAUUUUCUACAUUGAUAUGAAACAUGAUUCAAAUAUAAAGUACAUAUAUUUACAAAGGAAAGUUUUCCUGUUGGGAGAUACAUAAUACAAGCUUGCAUGGAUAUGCUUUUACUGAGAUUCUUCAAUAUUCUUUGUUAUGAAAUUGUCUUUUAAUAGCUGUAAAUAUAUUUAAAUCAAUAAAUGUCUUGGUUCUGAAAAUAGAAUUAAGAUGAAAAAUAUCUGAAUAUUAUGUGUUCUUUUUGUCACCGUCAAUAUUACACAAACAAGUAAAUAACCGUUUUCUUCAUGUUCAUACGCAUGUUGGGCCUCUAGGAACGAAAACUGCUACAGUUACGAAUUCACACCAAUUUCAACAUUACGUGUACAGUACUUUGAACCAGAUGGAGCUAUUACAACCCAAUGAAUAUAUUUUCAAUCGAUUCACAUUGCCUCUAAUCAAAAUAUUUCUUGGAUAGCCCAUGAUCAAAUUAUUUGAACGGUGCAUUAUAGAUAACCACUAUUUGAUAUGUCUAUGUAUAAGGUUCAUCUGAUCACUGCUAUGCAAAAACUGAAAGUUUUCCCCCCCAGAUACAAAGUUUUGCAGAAAUAUUUUGCCAGCUUCGUCCUUGGUGAUGUUAGUGGGAGUUAUUGGGAGUGACUUCCCCUCGUUCACCACAGUAGUGAGCAAGGGUCCCAUUCACAUGUUCCAGUUGAAACGAUUCAGGUGUCGCAAAAUAAUUCCGCAGUAAAUUACCACACCUUAUUUUAUAAAGAAAUGAUGCAAACCAGCAACAUUUAAGUUUGGUCGGGCACGUCUGGACCCCUCAAUACACGUGUGCCAAAUAUUCCUGAGGUUGAACCAGAUACGGAAAAAAUGCUUACUAUAAGUGUUGUAAAUUUACCAUGAACGUCACCAAUGACUGAUUUGACAGUUGUGUCAGUGAAACCCUCUGGGUAGGACCUUUCAGUUUUUGCAUAACAGUGAUCAAGAUGAAAUUUAUGUACCUACUUGCUGCUAAAUGAACUUAUCUAGUGAUAUUUGAUACGGCAUAAUUACUAGGUAUGUUAUAAAAGUCUGACAAAUUGCACAUUCCUUACUUUAGGAAACAGUGUACAUUAUCACCAUUGAACACUUACUAAAACUACUUAAUUACAAAGAUGCAACUGAUGAGCUGCAAUUGAAAAUUUCUUGCAGUUGGAAUACCAUGCCCAUCAGCAUGUUUACCAUGAGGUCUCAUGCAUCAAAAUGCUUGAUAAGAGAUCCACACAUCUACAGCAUAGCAAGGCACAGUUCGGCUGUCCAUGACAUCAUACGUGUAGUAUAUGGUUUCAAAGGCUAAACAGUUUGCCUUAGACUCGAAUACUCCGUGUCUGUGACAUCACACAUGUGGUCUAUGGUUUCAAAGGCUAAACAGUCCGACUAGGACUCAAAUAACUAAUAAUAAUAAGUCCACACAAUUGAUUAUUCUCUUUUUACAUUAUCUACAUUAUCUAAACUCUUUUAAUUUACACGCAAAUCGUGACAUUACCUAAGAGGCUGACCUCUCAACACUAGCCAUCCUUCUUAUAUCACCCGACUUGUGUCCCUCGGUAUUGACCCUUAAGUACCGGUCAUUUCUGUAAAUAUCUUUCCACUUCUGCCUCUGGUUGAGAGGGUAUCGACCCUGUAAAUAUCUCCCCACUUCUGUCUUCGGUUGACAAGGUAUCUCCCCACUUCUGUCUUCCCCCCCCCCCCCUCCUGUCUCUCUUUUAAAGGGUUUGUCUGGUUGAAAGUGCAUAUGACUAUGGUAAUCAGGCUUUCAACAAUGUAAAUAUUAUACCACUUAUGUCACUGGUCGACAGGGUUUCGACCCUGAAAAUAUUUUCUCAUCCGACUGGUC